GUGAGAGGAGUUAAUGAUAGAAUGGUAUGAGAAUUACUAGUCAACAUGUCUUCUGUGAGAAAGGCCUAUUAGAUUUUAAAGAAGAUGGCCUCUGUAAAUGAGUGAUCAUCAAGACGUGCUCCCUGUAGCCGACUCACUGGGUGGGGGGAGAGCAGUUCCUCCUCUGCUGCGGAAACAGACUGGCUCUGAGUUUGGGCAGUCUGAUAUUGGCAGUAAUGUCCAAGCUGUAUACACACCCUGUCCAGAGAGAGGCUGUCCACACUACUUCACCUGGAGGGACUUGCAGGAGCUCAACAACACUGACUUCUACAACCUCGUGAAGGAGGAGAAAUUAGUUUGCCGGGGAGGACAUCCACGACAGACAGAGCUGAUUUUUCCAAAAGCUAAAUGAAGAUCUGAAGGGCGCACUUAGGCUACAGCAGUGCUGCAUCAAAAAGGGAAGAUGGGCAGGGGGGGAAAAGGCAAAGACCAGAAGAGCAGCAAAGCAGGAAUAAUGAAGAAAUAAUCUGUCUUUUGUUUAUACUGUUAAUAUCUUGGCUGCUCACAAACAUCUUGUAUUUCUGAACACAUAUGCAGUGUUUCUGUGGUUUCUGUGUACUGUAUCGCCCUCUGCUGGUUUCUCUCUGACAUGACUCCAAAUAUUCUCAGUUCUUGUUAAAAGGAACAUGGCAACAUACUGUGUGUCUCCGAUGUUUGUUUGCUUGUUUCACAGUGUAAGGACAAAUCUAACAACUUUCAUUCUCAACACUGUAAAGGAUUUUCUUUCUGGAUUAACAAGCUACCGUUAGUAUGUAGAUCUGCAGGAUAAAUUACACCUGUGACAUGCAGACCAGUCACACAGAUUUGUUAAAUAUAUUGGGUCAAAUAUUUAAAAUUAUUCCUAUCUGACACUGACUACUGAUAUCCACCUAG